AGUCUCUCAGACACAUGUUCAUGUUCAGGAACGCACAGCACUGCUCGACUCUCAUCUCUAUAUAAACCAGCAUGGAUGAUCUUGGAAAUGACAUUGAUUGCUGCAGUGGCUUCACCUUAUAGUUAUACCACACCUACUACUACAACAUACUACAUGCUUUUGGAAGAGUUGGCCCAGGCCACUUCACAGACUCCAACUAUUCCAGCCAAAACUCUUGCACCUGGAACUUUAGUUAAAACGGACAUUACAACUAAACAUGAACAGACCUCGGGUCUUGUUUCUGGACCGGGAAAGGCAUUUGAUAAUUAUUCCUACAGUGUGCCUCCAAUCCAUGGGGAUGCAGAAGUGAUGAGUCCCAACACAGCCACACGAGAGUUAGACUCCCUCAUGAGCAAGCUUUUGUGUUUAGACCUCGAGCUUCCAGAACAAAUACCCUCAUCAAACCCACCUCCAAUCGCUCGCAAGUCAAUAAAGGACAGAAAUCCGGCGGUAACUACAGAAAGCGGUGGGAAACAAGCAGAGGAAACUACAGAUGCUAAGAAACCACAGCAUCAACAUCUAUCUAGAACAUUAUCCAAGGGUGUGGAUGCUAUAGAUGACUUGCUGGGCUCUCUUAGCUCAGACAUGGAGAAAAUGGGGGUCCGCACGGCUGCCAAAGGCCACUGUGCUUCAUGUGGCAAGUGCAUUGCAGGAAAGGUUAUUACAGCUUUGGGUCAGGUGUGGCACCCUGAACACUUUGUGUGUAUGGUGUGCAAGGAAGAGUUUGGCACGUCUGGUUACUUUGAGAGAGAUGGCCAGCCAUACUGUGAAAAGGAUUACCAAAACCUCUUCUCCCCUCGAUGUGGUUACUGCAAGGGUCCUAUUACACAGAACAUUUUAACAGCGAUGGAUCAAACAUGGCAUCCAGAACAUUUCUUCUGCAACCACUGUGGAGAUGUAUUUGGACCUGAAGGGUAUAUGGAAAAAGACGGCAAACCAUAUUGCCCCAGGGAUUUCUACCGCCUCUUUGCACCCAAAUGCUCUGGCUGUGGAGAACCAGUGAAGGAGAACUAUCUGUCUGCAGCCAAUGGAACCUGGCACCCCGACUGCUUUGUCUGUGUGGAUUGUUUGAAGCCGUUUACCGAUGGUUGUUUUAUGGAGUUGAACGGUCGGCCCCUCUGUUCUCUGCAUUAUCAUUCUAGACAGGGGACUUUGUGUGGGACCUGUGCAGAACCAAUCACCGGCCGUUGCAUCUCCGCUCUUGACCGCAAGUUUCACCCCGAACACUUUCUUUGUGCGUUCUGCCUUCGACAGCUCAGUCAGGGUGUGUUUAAGGAGCAGGGAGGUAAGCCGUACUGUUCGGUAUGUCACGCGAAACUCUUUCGGUGAAAGAGGUAGAAUUCUCAAGCAUCUUCUGCACAUGAAAACAAAGUGAUUCACAAUCGAUUUCAUGCUGGAUUUUUAAAAUGGAGGCAUUUGAAAGAGUCUUGAGUGGUCCUUGAGAACUUUGUCGAGCCAUAAAGUGUACAUUCAGGAAAAACUAUAUUUAGUUAUUUCAUUAUUAACUGUAAUUGUAAUGCUUUUUAAAGUUGGACAAAACCAAGUAUUACUGAU